AUGCCCAACCAAGCGCUCAUCGACGCUGCCGAAGCCGGGGACCUCGAGGCCGUACGAGCGCAGCUCCCGUCGACGACCGAUAUGGACGAUCGCAUGCGCGCGCUCUUUAUCGCAUGCGGCGCAGGCCACGUCGACAUCGUCGACGAGCUCCUUCCCUCUUGCGACGCCAACGCCACCAACGAG